AUGUGCUGCAAGUUCUUCUUUGACUGCCACCUGGGCGUUUUCACCUACAUGCUCAACUACUACCACACGGGCAAGCUGCACUGCCCUGCUGACAUCUGUGGGCCGCUCUUCGAGGAGGAGCUAGCCUUCUGGGGCAUUGACGAGACCGACGUGGAGCCCUGCUGCUGGAUGAUCUACCGGCAGCACCGUGACGCCGAGGAGGUGCUGGACAUCUUUGAGGCGCCUGACCUCAUCACUGGCGAGCCACCCCCUGAACCUGACGACGACGAGCUGGCUGCCAAGGGCUGGGCAUCGAGGACCCUCUGGAAGAGGCUCCAGCCACAAUUGUGGGCGCUCUUCGAGGACCCCUACUCUUCCCGAGCCGCCAGGGCUCCUGUUAAUCUGAUACCCUAA